AUGCUGCGCUGGGAUUGGCCGCAGACGUGGAGCCUUGAGAACAGAGAGGCAAUUCGGGUGGCCCUUGAGACAUGCAUACGGGGUGCAAUGGCGAAGGGGGAGAGCAAAGUGGUCCGCGGCCUCGUUCACGUGGAGCUGCCGGAGAUUGGGAGCACACCACCGCAGGUAAUGCUGACUGGCAUCCGCGAGCUGUCGUUGGAACACACGGCGCUUAUGGUGAAGGUGCGCUACGACGGCGAGUUCUCCCUCAAGUUGCGGGGACUGCAGGUGAACAUCGACACCGUCGGUGCUAAUUCGACGUUGAGCAGCGACCUCAAUCUCGCAAUGCCCUUCUACUGCCCGCUGGAGAUGACUCUGAGCGACAUCCACGUGGACGGGGUGGCCUCCAUUGAGGUGUUCCAGGAGAUCGCGGAUGUGGCUAAUAGCGAGGAUGCAUCGUUGCUAAGUCCAGAUUUUAAGAUGGACCUUAUCGACUCGUCGCGCACCGGCGGUGCAGCGUCGCUUUCGCUGCUCAACCGAGUGCCGCGCAGUGCACCCUCACCUCUCCUCUCAGCGGUCCAGUCGAGCGUGGGUCGCAGUGCACGCACCGGUGGGUACCCGAGCUCUGGCUACGGCGUUCUGCUCGGUGCCGGUGGACGGCGAACGAUGCGUCCGCCAGCGCAGGCUCAGGGCGGGCACGCGCCCGUUGCCCCUCCUGCCUUCACCUCCCCAAACAACAACUCUUUUACGACAACAGAUGCCUCGGUGGCGGGUAGCAGCGGGACGCGCAGCAGUGCAGGUCUCUGGGCGGCGCCGAGCCAGCCGCGCCACUCCCUCAUCGACUUGGCGAGCAAACGCGCUGUUGUGAAAAAGCGCCGCAUCAAGGUGCAGCUCUUUGGCGACCCUAUCAAGCGCUACAAGGUCGAGUCGAACCUCGUGGCGGUACCGGGUGCCGGAAAGAAGGUGGAGGCGCACAUUCAGGACAUACUUGCACCUCUCAUCGAGCGCCUAAUGGCAGAGGGCGUCACGAUCGAGCUCAGCCCGUGA